UACUACUACAAUAAUAUGUUAACCAGACCAAAAUAUUUAUUUAAUUUUUGUGGAUUUGAAAGUCCGGCCCCCAGAGUUUCUGCCAAGACUAAAUCUGGCCCUGGUGCAGAGGUACUAGUACUUGCUCUAAGAUGAUCUAUUAAAAUAUCAUGACCAACUGUAUCAAAAGCUGCGCUGAGAUCUAAAAGAAUGAAAACUGAACUUUUAUUGGACUUAUAACCAAAGACUCAGAAACAUCUUUUCAUGUUUGUUUACCUUCAGUCUCUCGGUAUAUUGGGGGUCUUUUCUGUCCAGUCGUGCAUUAAUCAUUAACUUGAAUUGCUUGUAAUUAUAUUGUUUUGUUUUUGGUUAGGAGUUGUAUGAAGCUAUAAAUCUAUGAUUGGAGAUAAGGUUUUAUGGCUGAAACAAAGAGUAAAAGCCACAGGGGUCAUUUACAAUCACAGAUUUUAGACAAUGAUGAAUGUAAAAUUUUAUAUAGAACUACUUUUUCUCUAAACACCAAUGUCAGAUUUUCUUGGUACUCUUUAAAUGUUCUUGUGUACCUCACAGGUAAACAUACUGUCUUUAUUUGUAAUGUAGCCAAACCAUUUUAUCUACAAUAGUGUCAGUUUAUAGACAUUUUUACAAUCCACAUCUGAGGUUUUAUAUGGUCUAUCAAUAUUUGAUUGAGUUGCCAUGACAACCAUCCAAAGUCCACAGAUGUUUUAUGGAAAGUCUUGAUAGAAAAAUGAUUUCAAAGAUCACAGCAGUUUAAAAUGAACUCAGAGUGAGUGGGAAUAAUCCGACCUCUGCAAACCUGCUUAAAUCAACAUUUCUCAGCUUCUUCUCCUUCACAGAGGAACUGAUCGCCAACACAAUGGCUUAGGGGAGAUCAUUUUCACCUCUGAAGGGGGGUGUGUGUGUGUGUGUGUGAAGGUGGGGGCUCAGCGAUGGAUCAGAGUGAGGACCCAGAGGAGGGACCCCCUCUCUGUAAAAUCGCUCGGCUUGAGGAACAUGAGGGCCAGACCAAAGCUCUGAGACCUGGACCUUCUCCCAGCGGUGUGUCCUUCAGGAGUGAGCGGUCUAAGGGUCGGCUUAUUGAAUUUAGAGAUGGAAAUGGAGCCGCUAAAAAAAGACCUGGACCUUCUCCCAGCGGUGUGUCCUUCAGGAGUGACUGGUCUAAGGGUCGGCUUAUUGAAUUCAAAGAUGGACAUGGAUCUGCUGAAAAAAGACCUGGACCUUCUCCCAGCCUUGUGUCCUUCAGGAGUGAUCGGUCUAAGGGUCGGCUUAUUGAAUUUAGAGAUGGACAUCAGUCUGAUCAUCAGAGAGCUCAGGAGCAGCUAUCAGAAUUUCCCACUGGUCAGUCUGCACAGCAGCUGGACUCUAUAUUUAGGCAACUUCAGAAGAACAUCUUCAGUUUUGAGAAGAGGGAGCUAAAGAAAGCCCAGAGACUUCUGAGUAAAACUUACCAAGAAACCGUUGAAAGUGAGAUGGAGGAUGAUCAUGAGGAGGGGUUAGAUGGUGGCGAGGAAGAGCAGAGGAGCAAAAAGGCCUUUCUAAAGAUCACGUUGGACUUCAUGAGGAGAAUGGAGGAGGAGGAGCUGGCUGACUGUCUGCAGAGCAUAACUGCUGCUGCCAAAUGCGGACGCAAACUAAAGUCUGACCUAAAGGAGAAGUUCCAGUGUGUGUUUGAGGGGAUCGCUAAAGCAGGAAACCCAACCCUUCUGAAUCAGAUCUACACAGAGCUCUAUGUCACAGAGGGAGGGACUGGAGAGGUCAACGAUGAACACGAGGUCAGACAGAUCGAAACAACAUCCAGGAAACCAUACAGACCAGAAACAACCAUCAGACAAGAAGACAUCUUUGAAGCUCCACCUGGAAGAGAUGAACCAAUCAGAACAGUGAUGACAAAGGGCGUGGCUGGCAUCGGGAAAACAGUCUUAACACAGAAGUUCACUCUGGACUGGGCUGAAGGCAAAGCCAACCAGGACAUCCAGUUCACAUUCCCAUUCACUUUCAGAGAGCUGAAUUUACUGAAAGAGAGAAAGUUCAGCUUGGUGGAGCUUGUUCAUUAUUUCUUCAAUGAAACCAAAGAAGCAGAAAUCUGCAGGUUUGAACAGUUCCAGGUGGUGUUCAUUUUUGAUGGUCUGGAUGAGUGUCGACUUCCUCUGGAGUUCAAAAAUAACCAGAUGCUGACUGAUGUUAAAGAGUCCACCUCAGUGGAUGUGCUGCUGACAAACCUCAUCAGGGGGAAACUGCUUCCAUCUGCUCGCCUCUGGAUAACCACACGACCUGCAGCAGCCAAUCAGAUCCCUCCUGAGUGUGUUGACUUGGUGACAGAGGUCAGAGGGUUUACUGGACUACAGAGGGAGGAGUACUUCAGGAAGAAAUUCAAAGAUUCAGAGCAGGCCAACAGAAUCAUCUCCCACAUCAAGAUAUCCAGAAGCCUCCACAUCAUGUGCCACAUCCCAGUCUUCUGCUGGAUCACUGCUUCAGUCCUGGAGGAUGUGCUGAAGACCAGAGAGGGAGGAGAGCUGCCCAAGACCCUGACUGAGAUGUACAUCUACUUCUUGGUGGUUCAGACCAAAGUGAAGAACAUCAAGUAUGAUGGGGGAGCUGAAACUGGCCCACUCUGGAGUCCAGAGAGCAGGAAGAUGAUUGAGUCUCUGGGAAAACUGGCUUUUGAGCACCUGCAGAAAGGAAACCUGAUCUUCUAUGAACCAGACCUGAAGGAGUGCGGCAUCGAUAUCAAAGAAGCCUCGGUGUACUCAGGAGUGUUCACACUGAUCUUUAGAGAGGAGAGAGGACUGUACCAGGACAAGGUGUUCUGCUUCAUCCAUCUGAGUGUUCAGGAGUUUCUGGCUGCACUUCAUGUCCAUCAGACCUUCAUCAACUCUGGAGUCAACCUGAUGGCAGAGAAACCAAUGCCAUCACUGAACCCUAAAGACCCUAAAGAUCAACCACAAAUGGAAAAACUCUAUCAGAGUGCUGUUGACCGGGCCUUACACAGUCCAAAUGGACACCUAGACUUGUUCCUCCGCUUCCUCCUGGGUCUCUCACUACAAACUAAUCAGAACAUCUUACGAGGUCUGCUGACACAGACUGGAAGUGACUCACAGACCAAUCAGGAAACAGUCAAGUACCUCAAGACAAAGAUCAGUAAGAACGUGUCUGCAGAGAAAAGCAUCAACCUGUUCCAUUGUCUUAAUGAACUGAAUGAUCGUUCUUUCAAAGAGGAGCUCCAGUGGUCCCUGAGAUCAGGAAGUCUCUCCAAAUGCACCUUGUCUCCAGCUCAGUGGUCAGCUCUGGUCUUCAUCUUACUGUUAUCUGAAAAAGAUCUGGAUGUGUUUGACUUGAAGAAACACUCUGCUUCAGAGGAGGCUCUUCUGAGGCUGCUGCCAGUGGUGAAAGACUCCAACAAAGCUCUGUUGGAUGGAUGCAGUUUGUCUGAGAGAAGCUGUGAAGCUCUGUCUGAAGUCCUCAGUUCGAAGUCCUCCCGCCUUAGAGAGCUGGACCUGAGUAACAAUGACUUACAGGAGUCUGGAGUGAAGUUUCUUGCUUCUGGACUGGAGAGUCCAGACUGUAAACUGGAAACUCUCAGGUUGAGUGGGUGUAACCUGUCAGAGAGAAGCUGUAAAGCUCUUGAAGCAGUCCUCAGAUCCCAGUCCUCCAGUCUGAGAGAGCUGGACCUGAGUAACAAUGAUCUGCAGGAUUCAGGAGUGAAGUUUCUGGCUUCUGGACUGGAGAGUCCACACUGUAAACUGAAAACUCUCGGUCUGUCAGGCUGUAUGGUCACAGAGGAAGGCUGUUCUAUUCUGGCCUCAGCUUUGAAUGUCAACCCCUCUCAUCUGAGGGAGCUGGACCUGAGCUACAACCAUCCAGGAGACACAGGAGAGAAAAUGCUGUCUGAUGUCUGGGGGCACACUCUCAGGAUGGACCAUGGAGGAGAGCUGAGGUUAAAACCUGGUCUGAAGAAGUAUUUCACUGAACUCAAACUGGACCCAAAUACAGCUCACCAAAACCUCAAACUGUCUGAGAACAACAGGAAGGUGACACAUGUGGAGGAGGAUCAGUCAUAUCCCUAUAAUUUACACAGAUUUGACACCUGGCCUCAGCUGCUGUGUAAAGAUCGUCUGACUGGUCGCUGUUACUGGGAGGUCGAGUGGAGCGGACAUGUUGAAAUAUCAGUGAGUUAUGAAGGAAUCAAACGGAAAGGAUGCAGUGAUGGAUGUGGGUUUGGGUAUAAUGACCAGUCCUGGAGUCUGAUGUGCUCUGAUAGAGAUUUCACCGUCUGUUAUGGUAACAGACAAACGGACCUCCCCCUCUCCCAGGGCUCCUCCUUUGGUAGAGUAGCAGUGUAUGUGGACUGUCCUGCUGGCUCUCUGUCCUUCUACAGGGUCUCCUCUGACACUCUGAUCCACCUCCACACCUUCAACACCACAUUCACCCAACCUCUCUAUCCUGGGUUCAUGCUCUGGUCUGAUGAUUCCUCGGUGUCUCUGUGCUCUCCAUAGGACAGAAAAAUGUCCCAAUCAAUGAUCUCAGGGCCAAACAUAAAACAGAAAAUUAAACUGUUUUAUACAGAAGCUGCAGAGCCAGUUUUCGCCAUGGGUAGCUUACUCCAUGUUUUAUACAAACUCAGGCCUCCUAGUAGUCAUGAAUGAAUGCUAGGCUACUAGCCCCAGAGACAUGUGUAACUUUGAUAUGUUUUAUGUCUGUAAUUCAUGUGACUGCUGCCACCAGGCUGAUGAUGAAGUGCAUGGUGCAGGAGCAGACCUUGUUAAAGUUUUCAUGUGAAUAAACACAAUUGGUGACCA